UCACGACGGCAGAUCGCUAGCCCGGGACGUGAUCCGCCGCGUCGUUCGAGCCGGAUGAUUCGAUAGUCUUUCGAGGCUCUCUCCGGGUUACCUGUUCUUCGUGGCGAGGAGAGGGAAGGAGGAAGUUUAUACACAGGUCAACUGUGGGAAAACGUGCCUUUCUGGACGAAACACCGCGAUUAAAGCGAAGAUUUCGAUCAUUUUCAACGAGGAACAGAGCAGUUCCCACCGACAGUGACAAUCAGUUGGAUUAUAAUCGACCAGUGGGGGAGGGGAAUUCUCGUCUCGUGACAAAGAAGAAGAAUGUUCCCGCAAGACCAGGGAAAUUAGGAAUUCACAGUGACUUUGUUAAUGUGUUUUCAGUUCUCAGGAACGAAUUAAUCGUAAAGAAAGGAGCAGACUGAUUAUAUUUAAAUCGAAACACCUGUGACGAACGAUGAGUGCGUGUAGUUUCAAGUUAAAGAUGAAAAAUGAAUUUUUUGUCGAUUAAUUCCUUUCAAAAGUUGAUGAGUGUGCGUGCGUGUGUGCGUGCGCGCGCGCGCGCGUGUGUGUACGUGUGUUUUUAAUUCCAAGUGAAGGAAAGAAGCAAAAGGAAAAUUGCCGAAUUUCUUCGACGAUUAAAGAAAAUCCUUCGACUCGGAAAAUCGACGAAUCGUAAAUUUGACUUGUGUGCUUGAUCCCGAAAGAAAGAAGCGAAUCUCCAGGUGUUUUCCAGCGGUGAAUCGUGGGUAUUUCCAUGCGAAGGUUCCGGUGACAUGGCUGCCGCCCUUUUGGGCAAGUGCGUUGGCUUACUGGCACUGGUGUUGCUUCUUUACAGUUGCUGCUAUGGCUUCCGUAUUCGAGAUCACCCGUCCUCGUCGUCGGCCGAGCAGCCUCAUCACGCCACCUGCACUUCCAUCUUUGGCAGAUGCCACGAGAAGACGACGAUCACGGCCACGCCGAGCAAAAAGUGGCACGACAUUUCACGGCCUGCCACCCUUUCUAGAAAACCACCUGUCGAGCCGACGUCGACGGGAGAUGAAGCACACGCGAGACCAGAGAGGGCCAGACCUGUCUCCUCCGACUCGAGAGACAAGAGUAUCGAUAACGACGAGGACGACGACGACGACGAGGUGAUCGUGGAGGUAGAGGAAGAUACUGGCGAAGAAAUUGCGAGUUACGAGGAAACAGCUGACGAAGAUGAUGAGGAUGAUGAUGAUGAUGAUGAUGAUGAUGAUAAGGAAGAACGCGAAGAACAGGAAAUAAGUGGAGACGAAAACGAGGACGAUGAUGAUGAAGACGAAGAAGGAGAAGAGGAAGAAGAAGAAAUAAGAGAGCGAGUAAGUUUGGACAGAGGCUCGAGAUCUAAGAGACAGGAGAAGAUUAAAGAAGAUGAAGAGGAGAAAAGUGAAAGAAUCGAUUCAGUGAAAAGAGUAGGCCUGAAGAGGGAAAUGAAAUCUAAGAGACAGGAGGUGAGCGAAGAAGACGAAGAUGAGGACGAGAUGAAAUACAGGAAGGUAGCUGCGAAGAAACUCGUAGAAGACACGGAGGAAGAUGAAGGGAGAAGCAAAAAGGUGGAGCCGAAAAAAAGAGGAAGUCUAGAAAAAGAUCUCAAAGAAACGGUGAGGUCUAAGAAACAAGAGGCAGAAGAAAGAAGCGAAGAAGAAGAUGAUGAUGACGAUGAUGAAGAGAUGCUUGAAGAAGAUGAAGAUGAAGAUGAAGACGAAGACGAAGAAGAAGAAUUAGAGGAGGAAAUAUCAACACCCCCGCCACGAAAAUUAGAGAAGGUCAGGCUCGCGGACAAAGACAAAGUUAGGUCAGCCGAAAUAUUAUCAAUUAUAGAAAAACCGAAAGAGGCGCCGAAAGCAGAGAAAAAACCGGACGAAAGCGCGAAGAAGGUGCUAAAGUCACCGGAAAGGAAGUCGACGGAGGAGCCAUUGAAAGUAGUUGAAGCCACGAAGAAAGCGGAGCCCGUAAAGAUAACGAAGGCUGAAAUCGAACCGCCUGAACUGAAGAUUACUGCGAAGCCGGAGCAGAAAGCGAAGAUUCCAGCGAGGACAGAGGAAAAAGCGAAGGUUCCGGUGAAACCGGAAUUGUCGAAGACGCGGGAACCGGCGAAAGUGAAAUCAACCGCGGCUCAAGCCCCGGUAAAAAUCGUGGAACCAAAACGAUCCGACAAAGACGAGCCGAAAGUAGAAACGAAAACGCACGUGGAAGGUUCUUUCACUUUGGCUCGAUUGAACGACGCGAUAUUACGCGUGCCGACCUUCGUGCCAAAUUUCACGGCCGUCGAGAAUUUCGAGUGUCAGCAGCACGGCAAGAUUUUCCUACGACAGUUACGGGGUUACAAAUUAUGGGCCUUGCAAAUGUUAGAUUCGAGCGCGAAAAUUCCAUCGGGCAUACUGCGAGGGAACGUGAACCAGCUUGGAGAUUUUGACGAGUGUCUGGCCGUGAUGGCCCACGUGAAGUUGAACGAGAAAACGAUAAGAGUGCAGGGCAAAUAUUGUUUGGCCAAUAUAGAUUUGUAUCCGUCGCAUCCGGGCAUGAAGCUUCCGGUUAAUAUGAUGCAGGCACGUUCCCUCAUCAGAGGAAGCAUGUACGACCCUGGUCAUUUUAUUCCAAAGUUCACGACAGUGAACUGGGCGCUGUGCCUUCCAGCGGCUUGUUCCGCCGAAGACGCACGAACCGUUGUCGAGCAAGCGUUGGACGAUUACAAUUCCACCGCUGGAAUUACGUUCAUGGUGGACGUGAAUCCCAACAUGUGCUACGUGAAACAGAAAUCACGGAGUUAUUCGAAAGAGACGAUCGGUGUUCUAUAUUUCUACGCAAUGGUCGUCUGCCUCGUCGCCGUAGCAACUAUGAGAGAUUAUUUGGUGGUGUCGGAAGGGAAAGGAAACUAUUCAGAGAGGAUAAUAAUGUCCUUUUCCUUACGAAGGACCUGUAGAUCAUUGUUCAGAGAAGGAACGAGCGACGCCGAUAUUACAUGCAUUCAUGGAAUAAGGGCACUCAACACGAUUAUACUUUACGUUGCUCAUCAAGUAAUUGUCAUCUCGCGAUUGCCAUUUGCCAAUCGAAUCGAAUUCACCGAGGUAGCAAACUCUCCUAUCAGCUCUGUAAUAAGAACAUCGAUCGUUUACACGGACGCAUUUUUAUUGCUUAGCGGUGUCUUAACUGCUUUCAACAUGGCACGAGAGUUCACGACGCGGGGUGAGAUUCGAUGGUUUUGCCGUUUUAUUGCCAGAUACAUCAGGCUCACCCCAGCGUUACUGGCAGUGGUGUUCUGGUACGCGUUCGUAAUGGAACACGCUGGCACGGGGCCGCAAUGGAACAGCCUCGUAAUACCGAACGCAGAACUCUGCAAAAGCAACGCGUGGACAAAUUUAUUGUACAUACAGAACUUCUUCCCCUUCGAAGAAAUGUGCGCAACUCAUACCCACCAGUUGGCUUUAGACAUGCAAUUGUCGCUAUUAGCCCCAAUGUUGGUAUUCUUCUUAGAAUGCAGGCCCGUCAUUGGGAUUCUUGUAAUAUUUUUCUUCGUCUUAUUGUCAGCUACACUCCGUUACGUAGCAACGAUGAGCAAUUAUCUUUCCAUCGUUGUUUUCCAUGGAAUGUCGGUGAAGCACCUUUACAGGACUGCCAAUUUAGUUUACGCGUUGCCGUUGCACAGAGCGACGCCCUACGUAUUUGGCGUGGGGCUUGGCGUGCUGUUGCGUUACACCGGGAAAGAACUCAGGAUCCACAAGGUGUUAGUGAUCUUGGGAUGGUUGGUCGCGAUGGCCUUGGGAUCUUGGGCGUUAUUGUCGCCGUGGCACUUAGCCAGAAGAGACUAUGUGUACGAUGCUGAAGAAGCAACCAGUUACAACGUGAUCAGUCCAGUCCUCUCGGCCUUGGCUUUAUGCUGGCUCAUCUUCGCGUGCUACACCAAUCACGGAGGUCUCGCAGCGGCGCUAGUAGUUUUGCAAGAGGCCAUUUUGGUGCAGAUCAGAACUUAA